AUGGCGGCGCCCAUAAUCCGGAAGCCUCGAACCGCCCGUUGGCCACGCCCCUUCGCUGUUGGCGGGAGAACGCGUCCUCGGCGUAAUGAUGGAGGGGAAACGGCCGGGGACGCCCGGGGGUCCGCCCCAGGCGAAGCGUUUGCGGGGGGGGGGCGGGGGGUCCCCUCCCAGUUCGAGGAGGAGCUGGCGCAACUGGAGGAACUGGAGGCCGAGCUGGCAGCCGAGGAGCCCCCCCAGACCUCUGAGAGCCAGCCCCUAGGCAGCCAGUUUGUGGGAGAAGUGAACGCCAAGUGGCGGCGCCCGGCCCUGCCUCUGCAGCCGCCCGACACCCUCUGCUUCCUGCAGCUCGACAUCGACCACUACAUCGGGUCCCCACUGCCUGGGAUGUCAGGGGCCACCCAAGGCCCUGUGCCCAUCCUCCGCGUCUUUGGGGUGACAGCAGCUGGCAACAGCGUCUGCCUCCAUGUCCACGGCUUUUCCCCCUACUUCUACGUCCUGGGGCCACCUGGUUUGGGGGUGCAGCACCUGGAGGACCUGAAACGGGAGCUGGAUGCAGCAUUGUUGCGGGAGCAGCGGAACAGCAAGGAAGGGCUGAGCCAGGCUGUGCUGGCCCUGGAGCUGUGCCACAAGCAGAGUAUGCUGGGGUACCAGGGGGGGCAGAUGGCCCUGUUUGUGCGGGUGGUCCUGGCCCUCCCCCGGCUGAUUGCCCCCGCCCGGCGGCUACUGGAGCAGGGGCUGCGCUGGGGUGGGCUGGGGAUGCACCCCGCCCCCCCGUUUGAGGCCAACAUUGACUUCGAGAUCAGGUUCAUGGUGGACACAGGGCUGGUGGGGUGCUGCUGGCUGGAGGUAGAGAAGGGUCAGUACCAGUUGCGGGGGGCCCCCACCAGCCCUGGGGUCCCCCCUGGGCACCCCCCCCCGGUCUCUCUGUGCCAGCUGGAGGCGGAUGUAGACUGGGUGGGGCUGCGGAGUCACCCUCCUGAGGGACCCUGGCUCUGUCUGCCACCCCUGCGCAUCCUCAGCUUCGACAUCGAGUGUGCUGGCCGCAAGGGCGUGUUCCCCGAGGCAGAGCGGGACCCGGUGAUCCAGGUGGCGGGGGUGGUGCUGCGCCAGGGGGAGCGUGAGCCCUUCCUCCGCACCAUCUUCACCCUCCUGCCCUGCGCUCCCAUCCUCGGCUCCCAGGUGCUCAGCUUCCAGCGGGAGCGAGAUCUCCUCCAGUCAUGGGCUGAGUUUGUCCGGAUCGUGGACCCCGACAUCAUAACGGGCUACAACAUUCAGAACUUUGACCUGCCCUACCUGCUGCAGCGUGCCCACAUCCUCAAGGUGGAAUCCUUCCCCUUCCUGGGGCGCAUACGGCAGUGCCGCUCAGUUGUGCGGGAUUCAGCGUUCCAGUCCCGGCAGCUUGGCCGGCGUGAGAGCAAAGUGGUCAGUGCCGCAGGGAGGGUGACGCUCGACCUGCUGCAGGUGCUGCUGCGGGACCACAAGCUCCGCUCCUACACCCUGAACGCCGUCAGCUUCCACUUCCUGCACGAGCAGAAGGAGGACGUGCCCCACAGCAUCAUCACUGACCUCCAGAAUGGCUCAGAGCAGACGCGGCGCCGGCUGGCCGUGUACUGCCUGAAGGACGCCUUCCUGCCACUGCGGCUGCUGGAGAAGCUCAUGGUGGUGGUCAACUAUGUGGAGAUGGCGCGUGUUACUGGUGUCCCCCUCAGCUACCUGCUGAUCCGAGGACAGCAGGUCAAGGUGGUCUCGCAGCUCCUGCGGCAGGCGAUGAAGGAGGACCUGCUGAUGCCGGUGGUGAAGCCAGAGGGGGGGGAGGACUAUGAGGGGGCCACUGUCAUUGAGCCCCUCAAGGGGUACUACGACGUGCCUAUCGUGACGCUGGAUUUCUCCUCGCUGUACCCCUCCAUCAUGAUGGCACACAACCUCUGCUACACCACCCUGCUGCCCCCGGGGGGGCCCCAGCGCUUUGGGCUGGGCCCCAGUGACUUCAUUCGCACCCCAACGGGUGAGCUCUUUGUCACUGCCAGCGUGCGCAAGGGGCUGCUGCCCCGUGUCCUCGAGGGGCUGCUGGCUGCCCGCAAGAGGGUGAAGGCAGAGCUGGCGCAGGAGCAGGAUGGGUUCCGGCGGCAGGUCUUGGAUGGGCGGCAGCAGGCACUGAAGGUCAGCGCCAACUCAGUCUAUGGCUUCACCGGUGCCCAGGCUGGGCGCCUGCCCUGCCUCGAGAUCUCCCAGAGUGUCACCAGCUUUGGGCGCCAGAUGAUUGAGCGGACAAAGCAGCUGGUGGAGAGUAAAUACUGCCUGGCGCAGGGCUUCCCUGCAGAUGCCAAGGUGGUGUACGGGGACACGGACUCGGUGAUGUGCCGGCUGGGGGUGACCUCGGUGGCUGAGGCGAUGGCCCUGGGGCGGGAGGUGGCCACCUGGGUCUCCAGCCACUUCCCCUCCCCCAUCAAACUGGAGUUUGAGAAGGUGUACUGGCCAUACCUGCUGAUCAGCAAGAAGCGCUACGCGGGGCUCUGCUUCUCCUCCCGCGCCGAGGCCCACGACAAGCUGGACUGCAAGGGGCUGGAGGCCGUUCGGCGUGACAACUGUCCCCUGGCUGCCAACCUGGUCACCGCCUGCCUGCACCGCAUCCUGCUACACCGGGACCCCGAUGGGGCGGUGGCCCACGCGCAGGAGGUGAUCUCGGACCUGCUGUGUAACCGGGUGGACAUCUCGCAGCUCGUUAUCACCAAGGAGUUAACGAGGGCGGCCAGUGCCUACGCAGCCCCCCAGGCCCACGUCCAGCUGGCCGAGAGGAUGCGGCAGCGGGACCCUGGCAGUGCCCCCAGCUUGGGCGAUCGCGUCCCCUAUGUCAUCGUCACCGGCGCCAAGGGGGUGGCUGCCUACAUGAAGUCUGAGGAUCCCAUCUAUGCCCUGGAGCACAACCUGCCCAUCGACACCCGCUACUACCUGGAGCAGCAGCUGGCCAAGCCUCUGCUCCGCAUCUUCGAGCCCAUCCUGGGCGAGGGCCGGGCCGAAAGCGUCCUCCUGCAGGGGGAGCAUACCCGCUGCAAGACAGUGCUGACAGCCAAGGUCGGGGGGCUCAUGGCCUUUGCCACCAAGCGCAGCACCUGCGUGGGGUGCCGGGCCAUCCUGACUCACCAUGGUGCCGUGUGUGACUUCUGCCGGCAGCGACAGUCCGAGCUCUACCAGAAGGAGGUGUCCCAGCUGGCAGCGCUGGAAGAGCGCUUCUCCCGACUCUGGAGCCAGUGCCAGCGCUGCCAGGGCUCCCUGCACGAGGACGUCCUCUGCACCAGCCGCGACUGCCCCAUUUUCUACAUGCGGUGGAAGGUGCAGAAGGACCUGGACGCACAGGAGCGACUGGUGGCCCGCUUCGGCCCCCCCCAGCUGGUGAGGGGAGGCCGCUCUGGGGUCCUGGGACCCUCCAGGACCCCCCUUCCGCCCCUCCCCUGGCGGGAUUUGGGGCAUUUUCGUGGGUUUUCUACUGUGAAUAAUAAUUAAAAAAGCACUGAUUUUGA